UGGUCUGGCCCCAUGUGACCGAGCCACGCAGCGGAGGAAGAGGGCGGCCAUGGGGCUGGGAGCGAGCUCGGAGCAGCCGGCGGGCGGCGAGGGCUUCCACCUGCACGGGGUGCAGGAGAACUCGCCGGCCCAGCAGGCAGGCCUGGAGCCUUACUUCGACUUCAUCAUCACCAUCGGGCACUCGAGGCUGAACAAGGAGAAUGACACCCUGAAGGCCCUGCUGAAGGCCAACGUGGAGAAGCCGGUGAAGCUGGAGGUCUUCAGCAUGAAGACCAUGAAGGUGCGGGAGGUGGAGGUGGUGCCCAGCAACAUGUGGGGCGGCCAGGGCCUGCUGGGGGCCAGCGUGCGCUUCUGCAGCUUCCGCAGGGCCGGCGAGCACGUGUGGCACGUGCUGGACGUGGAGCCCUCCUCCCCUGCUGCCUUGGCUGGCCUGCGCCCCUACACGGACUAUGUAGUUGGCUCUGACCAGAUCCUCCAGGAGUCUGAAGACUUCUAUACACUCCUCCAGUCCCACGAGGGGAGGCCCUUGAAGCUGAUGGUGUAUAAUUCUGAGUCCGACUCCUGCCGGGAGGUGACUGUAACUCCUAAUGCAGCCUGGGGUGGAGAGGGCAGUCUGGGGUGCGGCAUUGGUUACGGGUAUCUACACCGGAUCCCAACGCAGCCCUCCCGCCCCUACCCGAAGCCAGCUGGGGCCUCACCAUCUGGCACUCCACCGGCCAACACUCCACAACUUAAGGCCUUGUCUCCUGGUACCCCACCCUCUUUGCCCGUCCUUCAGAACUCUUCUGGUCCAGAGUUGGGUUCCAGGCACAGUGACUACAUGGAGGCCCUGCCGCAGGUCCCCGGUGGCUUCGUGGAAGCGCAGCUCCUAGGGUCUGGGAGCCCUAGCCAUGGUGCUGCCGACGGUGGGGGAUGCGCGCGCUCCAUGGAGAUCCCUCUACAGCCUCCGCCCCCGGUGCAGCGGGUCAUGGACCCAGGCUUCCUGGAUGUGUCAGGUAUGUCUCUCCUGGACAGCAGCAAUGCAAGUGUGUGCCCCAGCCUGUCACCCUCCACAGUGCUGACCUCCACAGCUCUGUCAGCCUCAGGACCAGAGGACAUUGGUUCCAGCAGCAGUUCUCAUGAGCGGGGUGGUGAAGCCACAUGGUCAGGGUCAGAGUUUGAGAUCUCCUUCCCGGACAGUCCGGGGGCCCAGGCGGACCACCUGCCCCAGCUGAGUCUCCCCGACGGCCUCACCUCGGCAUCUUCGCUGGAAGACGGGCUGUCUGCAGAGCUGCUGGAAGCCCAGAUCGAGGAGCCAGCAGACACAGAGACCCAGGGGCCAGCCAGUCAAAUUCAGGUCACCUCGGAGCCACAGCCUGGGCUGUGAGGAGGCUCCUGGGGACCUUGGUGUUGCUCAGCUUGUGUCUGUGUGGCUUUGGAGGCUGCAGCUCCCACUGAGGCCUGGGCUUUGCUAGCCUUUCCCCUAGGGUCCAGCCUUCACCCCGUCCACGGUCCCGGACUGAAGGGAAGCUGGGAGCAACACCGCAGCUUCUGCUCUGAGGCACAAGAUGGAACCUAGGCGGCCUCAACGAGGGAGAGGCCGCAGGGCCCGGUCACGAUUGAGUGUGAGGAUGGGGUGAGGGACAGGAGAGGCUGUCUACCGGUAGCCCCACCUGUACUGAGGAGGGCCCGACACCCCAGUGUCCUUCCUCGUCCCAAUCCGAAUGCUGAAGGAGAGAGAGUAUACUUGGCUACUUUGUUCUAAGUUGGAAAAUUCUAGGCCCUUCACAGGGAUCCACCUGUGCUAGUCAUACUCCCACUACCCCCGGGGGUGGGGUACCACAGUGUCCUGUGACCCCCCUCCUGCCAGGCUCCACAUACAGACAACAGGCCAGGUCUGGUGGGUAUGCUCAUCCCCACCAUCAAAAUCCCUUGCCCCGCCCCAGGAGAGGCUGGCUGAAUAUUGGAGAGUGGGGGUAGGAGGGGCAGUGUCUAGAACUCUAGGUGCCUUUAGUUUAGGGGCUAAGGCAGGAGAGGUUAUGCACUCUGCAGGUGGCACGUCCCCACGCUGAUUGUGGUAAGCUGCCUUUGGUCUUGUUUCUAGUCUCCAUGUCCACAGACCGCUAGUAACUGUGUACAGCGCACUUAGGCUGUCAAGUCGAGGACUUUGUUCUAGGAAGCACAGGCUAAACCAUGCGGCAGGCCAGGCCCCGAGCACUAGGAAUACAUUAUAGUCAGGCCUGUGGGCAGGCCUCUGGUGAGUGCGGGGGUGUGGGCGUACAGCGGGGCACCUCACCUCAGUGCCUCACCCCCCCCCCGGCUGCCCUAACUUAUAACUAGAAGGUUCUGGUCCCCAAGACCCGGUAAGUGGGGCAAGAUGGAUGCUGCUGUUGUUUCAAGUAUGAACCCCAGACAUUUCUUUCCUGUUAAUCUGCUGUGAAGGAAAAUGACAAGUGAAAAAAAUAAAUGUGUGAGACGCACAAAAAUA